CUCAUCCCCCCCCCCCCCCCCCCCCUUCCCCACCUCCAUGUCUCACUUAGCAAAAACAGAGACCAGUAGAUACUGUGUUCUUGCUCUUUUGGACUGAUUGUUGUUGAUGAUGAUGAUGAUGAUGAUGAUGAUGAUCCGAGUGGCCGCGUUCACGCUUUGCUUCUUGCUGCGAUUCGCUGAUUGGACCGAGGCUGCAUAAAUCCCUCCUCUAUAGCAUUCCAUGCUAAUAAAUGCAAUAUUUUUGUACUUGGAGCAUAGGAAACCUGUGUAUGACAGCUUUUAAUAUAAUUAGAGCCCCCCUAGACAUGAAAUAACACCCCUAUAGUCAACUCCACACUCUUGUUAUCCGACGUAAUAAGAGAAAAAUAAACAUAUAAGACAAAGAAAAUUGUUUAUGACCUUCUACAUACACUUUUAACAUGAUCAGAGCCCUCCAGACAUGAAAAAACACCCCUAUAGUCAACUCCACACUCUUGUUAUCCGACAUAAUAAGAGAAAAAUAAACAUAUACGACAAAGAAAAUUGUUUAUGACCUUCUACAUACACUUUUGACAUGAUCAGAGCCCCCUAGACAUGAAAUAACACCCCUAUAGUUGCCUUUACACUCCUGUUAUGAAAUAUAGUCGACAUAAUAAAAGGCAAUACAAAUAUAAGACACAUAAAACAUAGACAGCCUGUUUAUGACCUUCAAAAUGCACUUUUUAACAAUAUUAGAGCCCUCCAGACAUGAAAUAACACCCCUAUAGUCAACUCCACACGCUUGUUAUCCCACAUAGUAAGAGAAAAAUAAACAUAUAAGACAAAGAAAAUUGUUUAUGACCUUCUACAUACACUUUUAACAUGAUCAGAGCCCUCUAGACAUGAAAUAACACCCCUAUAGUCGCCUUUACACUCCUGUUAUGAAAUAUAGUCAACAUAAUAAAAGACAAUACAAAUAUAAGACACAUAAAACAUAGACAGCCUGUUUAUGACCUUCAAAAUGCACUUUUUAACAAUAUUAGAGCCCUCCAGACAUGAAAUAACACCCCUAUAGUCAACUCCACACGCUUGUUAUCCCACAUAGUAAGAGAAAAAUGAACAUAUAAGACAAAGAAAAUUGUUUAUGACCAUCUACAUACACUUUUAACAUGAUCAGAGCCCUCUAGACAUGAAAUAACACCCCUAUAGUCACCUUUACACUCCCGUUAUGAAAUAUAGUCGACAUAAUAAAAGACAAUACAAAUAUAAGACACAUAAAACAUAGACAGCCUGUUUAUGACCUUCAAAAUGCACUUUUUAACAAUAUUAGAGCCCUCCAGACAUGAAAUAACACCCCUAUAGUCAACUCCACACGCUUGUUAUCCCACAUAGUAAGAGAAAAAUAAACAUAUAAGACAAAGAAAAUUGUUUAUGACCUUCUACAUACACUUUUAACAUGAUCAGAGCCCUCUAGACAUGAAAUAACACCCCUAUAGUCGCCUUUACACUCCUGUUAUGAAAUAUAGUCAACAUAAUAAAAGACAAUACAAAUAUAAGACACAUAAAACAUAGACAGCCUGUUUACGACCCUCAAAAUGCACUUUUUAACAGUAUUAGAGCCCUCCAGACAUGAAAUAACACCCCUAUAGUCAACUCCACACUCUUGUUAUCCGACAUAAUAAGAGAAAAAUAAACAUAUACGACAAAGAAAAUUGUUUAUGACCUUCUACAUACACUUUUAACAUGAUCAGAGCCCUCUAGACAUGAAAUAACACCCCUAUAGUCGCCUUUACACUCCUGUUAUCAAACAUAGUCGACAUAAUAAAAGGCAGUAGAAAUAUAAGACACAUAAAACAUACACAGCCUGUUUAUGACCUUCAAAAUGCACUUUUAAACAUUAUUAGAGCCCUCUAGGCUUGAAAUAACACCCCUAUAGUCACCUUUACACUCCUAUUAUCCAAUAUAGUAGACAUAAUAAGAGAGAAUAAGACAUGGAUAGCCUGUUUGUCACCUUCUAAAUAUGUAUUUUUCAACAUUAUUAGAGCCCUCCAGACAUGAAAUAACACCCCUAUAGUCAUCUUUACACUCCUUUUACAUUAAAAAAAAGAAAAGAAGACUGCUAGCAAGGAUGUUUUGUAUGCUAACCAAAAAUGUACAUAGAAUGUGUUGUUUUAAUGAUAACAUGAAGCAUAUUCAAGCAUAAAAAGGGCUGAAUGAAGUAUACAAAUAUAAGGCAUUCAGUAGGUCUACUUUAUUGGAUAAUAGGAGUGUAAAUAUGACUAUAGGGGUGUUAUUUCAUGUCUAGAGGGCUCUAAUAAUGCAUAUUUAGACCAUCUUAAUUAGGUUUUAUAUGACUUAUAUGUCUUAUUUUCUCUCAUUAGGUCUACUAUAUUGGAUCAUAGGAGUGUAAAGGUGACUAUAGGGGUGUUAUUUCCUGUCUAGAAGGCUCUAGUCAUAUUCACAAAUGCAUGUGGGAGGUGGUAAACAGGUUUUUAAUUACUUAUACGUCUUAUUUUCUCUAUUAUGUCAACUAUUUUGGGUAAUACAAGUGUAAAGGUGACUAUAGGGGUGUUAUUUCUUGUCUAGAAGGCUCUAGUCGUAGUAAAAAUGUAUGUAGGAGGAGGUAAACAGGUUUAUGAAGUACUACCACAUGUCAUUUUCUCUUAUUAUAUCAACUAUUUUGAGUAAUACAAGUGUAAAGGUGACUAUAGGGGUGUUAUUUCAUGUCUGGAGGGCUCUAAUGUGUCUUAUUGUCUCUUGUGUCUACUAUAUUGGAUCAUAGGAGUGUAAAGGUGACUAUAGGGGUGUUAUUUCAUGUCUAGAGGGCUCUAAUAUGUCUUAUUUUCUCUUAUUAUGUCUACUAUAUUGGAUCAUAGGAGUGUAAAGCUGACUAUAGGGAUGUUAUUUCAUGUCUGGAGGGCUCUAAUAUGUCUUAUUUUCUCUUAUUAUGUCUACUAUAUUGGAUCAUAGGAGUGUAAAGCUGACUAUAGGGGUGUUAUUUCAUGUCUAGAGGGCUCUAAUAUGUCUUAUUGUCUCUUAUUAUGUCUACUAUAUUGGAUCAUAAGAGUGUAAAGGUGACUAUAGGGAUGUUAUAUCAUGUCUGGAGGGCUCUAGUCAUAUUAAACAGGUUUUUAAUUACUUAUACGUCUUAUUUUCUCUUAUUACGUCUACAAUUUGGGGUAAUACAAGUGUAAAGGUGACUAUAGGGGUGCUAUUUCAUGUCUAGAGGGCUUUACAGAUGUUAAAAUGGUUAUUUAGACUGUCAUAAACAGGUUUCCUAUGACUUAUGUGUCUUAUUUUCUAUUAUUAUAGCUACCAUAUUGGGUAACAGGAGUGUAAAUGUGACUAUAGGGGUGUUAUUUGGAGGGCUAGAGGGCUUUAAUGAUAGGUGGUAAACAGGUUUUCUAUGAUUCACCUACCAAAAUAUUACAUUUAUAAAUAAGGAAUAAGGAUUUAUUUGAAAGCAGAAUCACAUGUGCAGGGAUCCAAAGUAUUCCAAACCAAAAUGCCAUCUGUUGUGUUGAUUAUUUUAAUAUCCUGCUCUUUUUUUACACUUUCGAUUUCAUGGAAAGCUAGUAAAAUGUACUUUUCAAGAAUGCCAUUGUUGCAUUUUUUUGCAUAUUUGUGGUUCCUGCAUGUCUUCUGCUGUCAUUUUUUUUACACUUUGGUCCAUGUAGUGCUCACAUUUGAACCCAAGUGAAGUGAACCGCACCAGAGGCGACUUGCAAGCGGACCCAGACUCCUUUCUAAAUCGGUGUGGGGUUAUUUGUGGUGGGAUGAGCUGGUCCUCGCCGCAAGCAACGACGCCAAGCGUGAACGCAGCCUGCAUCGCUUUAUGGGAUAACCUCUGAACAAUGUUACUAUCCAUGAUGUGACUGAAAUGUAUCUGAUGACCACGCCACUGUAGCACGUCUGGGCCGUAACCACACCACCAGCGAGUGAGCCAGGCCGCAGUUGCUAUGGCGUUGCCAUGGUGUUUUCAUGGCGUUGCCAUGGUGUCCUCCGCACCGCCGCCACCUGGUGCCUGCUGGGUAACUCGUAUACAAUCCUUUACCCCCACCCCCACCCCCUCCCAAAAAAAAAACCCCACUAAUCAAAGCUCCGCUGUGCUCUGCUCGGCUCGGCCUCCGGAUGCUAGAAGGGCGCCUACACGUCUGCUGUCACGCCCCAUCUGGAUUAGACUGGACUGGCGGGAAUGAUGAAUGUGUCAAUCAUUCUCAUCAUCUCAUCCUGAGAUUCUCAUGUCGCUGAGUCCUUUUAAAAACAACCAUUCGAUAUCGUGUGCAAUUGAUACGAUAUAAUGCAACGGUUACAUUUCUUCAUAUACACAUGAAGCUUACAUGAUAAAAUAAAGAAGCCAAUUGCAUCAAAUUUGUACAGUAUAUGCCCAAGCACUGGGACACUUCAAGUAUUUGUAAAUACCAAAUUUGAUAUCAAUUAAGGGAAUAUAUGUUAUUAUUUUAUUUAAAAAAAAUAAUAUGCUGGGAUAAGAUCCAGCACCCACAGCGACCCUAGUGAGGAUUAACGGUACAAAAUGAAUGAAUGAAUAAAUAAUCCCCAAGUUUGUUAGAAGCGGCAAUUUGUCCCAUUUAUUCCACGGUCCUUGAACGCACCACCACGGAUUUAGCCUUCUGUGCAGUAUAGUUCACGGAUACUAUGUCGGAAUGCAUAAAGGUAAGAUUUGAUGCGACUAUUAAGUGCUAAUGUGUUUAUUUGUUCUCUGAAAACGAAAGUCCAGCCUCUGGAUGGUGGUUGGGUGCUCAUUGUACUUUUAAGUUGAUGUUGUUUCUGUCUUAGUUUGACAUAAUACACGAGAAAUACGAUCGAUUAGAUGGCUGUCAUGUCUGUAUGUUUUGCUAACAUCUCUCCCGGUGACUGGCUAACGCUAUUGACAUGCAUUCACCGUUCUCAGUUUCACGAUACCGGGAGCAUAAUGUCUUUACAAUUCAUUCAUUUUACGACGAAUGGGCGAUUCUUGUCUUGUUCCUGUUGUAGUUUUACACAAUAAAUGAUAAAUACGAUCGAUUAGAUGGCCGUCAUGUCUGUAUGUUUUGCUAACAUCUUUCCCGGUGACUGGCUAGCGCGUUGCUAAUGCUAGUUACGUGCAUUCCGGAUUCUACAGAGCAUGCGCAACAAUCUUUUCUCAGUUUCACGAUACCGGGAGCAUAAUGUCUUUACAAUUCAUUCAUUUUACGACUAAUGGUUGAUUCUUGUCUUGUUCCUGUUAUAGUUUUACACAAUACAUGAUAAAUACGAUCGAUUAGAUGGCCGUCAUGUCUGUAUGUUUUGCUAACAUCUUUCCCGGUGACGAGCUAGCGCGUUGCUAACGCUAGUUACGUGCAUUCAGUAUUCUACGGAGCAACAAUACUUUCUCACUCUCACGAUACCGGGUGCAUACUGUCUUUACAAUUCAUUCAUUUUACUAUGAAUGGCUGAUUCUUGUCUUGUCAAAGCCGAUAUCCGGUGGCAUGGAGUUCUCGUUCACAACCCUAGCAUAGGGCGUGUAGCAUGUCGGCGCCAUGUUUGUGAGAAGCAUACCAAGGCUUUGCCCUGCAUGCAUAUUUAACAAAAUGCCCACGCCGUAGACGCAGCUUUGGUCUUUUCGCAGGCCAAAAUCCCACCAAACCCCCCCCAAACUCGCAGCUGAGUUGUGUAUAUUUGGAUUUGUUUCAUGGCGUCUUGCUUCCGUCCUGUCCCUGCCUCUCACCAUCACUGCUCUCCGCCAUUUACACACGUCGACUUCAAUUUGUGUCCCUUCGUUGACUUGAUUUGCUUCAAUGUCCUGCUUUGCUGCGAUUGAUCCAGCUCUCGCAUCCUUUGCCCAGUCCAGUCCAGUCCAGUCCAGUGACAAAAAAGAGAUAUUGCCGCCUCAUCCUCUUCUUGGGCCCCGUGACCUGGGAAGCCACCCAGUGGUGCUCCAGCAUUCAAACAGGGUCCUCAUUGGCUGAAUUGGCCGUGAAUUAUAUCAAGGAAAUACCGGAGCGCCACUGGUAGUACUGAGCAGGUCCAGGGGGGUUAGGUCCCACACCAUCACCACUUUAUCUUUACCCACAGAAACCAGUGUGUGUGUGUGUUUUCUGCUCUAGUAACCUCUCCAACACUUAAGGCCUACUUCCGGGUUUCUAAGGCAGGUUUCUAGUAGCGAUGAUGUUGCUCCGAGCCCAGACCGGGCUGGUCUGUGCCCUGAACUCAAAUGUGUUUCUUUGACACUGUCUGUCUGGGGGUGGGGCUGGAGGGUCAGUGCUGCACUUACUUCUUGACAAUUGCUUCAUAAAAUAUGAUUAUCUUUAAUUACCGCUUGUGGUGCCGUGUCUCCUUCCGCAACGUUGUCUGCUUUGGCAACCUGCAGUGUGUGUGUGUGUGUGUGUGUGUGUGUGGAAUUUUACCCAUCAUCCACAAUCCAUAUGAAAAAUUAGGAUCAAAGAGGCAAUGGGACACACCUAUUCUGCCUGUAAAGCCUUCUGAAAAAAAAACGCUCAAUUUCCUUAAUGUGAGCUGCAUAUGGGACAUAAGAGAACUGAUUACAUUGGGGGGCGGGGGGGGUUUCCAAACCACAGAUCAUCUGUUUUCAUGUGUACAGAAGGCACAGAGAAGAAAACGCCAUAUGUGACAUAGGGAUUGUGGAUGACUGAUAAUGCACUUUUCCUUUAAGGCGCAGUGUCAAAGUCAAGGCCCGGUGAUGUCAUCAAACACCUGACUGUGAGGAUCUCACGAAGAUAGAUGUUUUCAAAAAUACACCCCCCCCCCCCCCAUGUAAAAACAACAACAAAAACUAUGGAUAUCCGGUUCCAAGAUGGGAUAAAGUUGUCUUCCUCCACGAGAGCGGGCCCAUCCGGUUGCCUUAUCACAUCCAUAACUCCGGGCCGCACACCAACAUACACUAACAUGCUAGGUAAAUACGCUCAGGUGACAAAUAACCCCAAGAGCGACGUUUCAUACCCUUUGAAAAUACAUAUAUCUUUUAAAAGACUGGUCGGAAUAGAGCAGCAAGACAUGAGGACGUCCAUCAAUGAUGGCCCAGAAGAGAGGAAGCCUUUUCUUCGGCCAUCUACAGGUGCUUCUCUGAGCUGAACGUCAGGGGAGGGCCAAGGAAGUGAAGGAAGCCGUUUCAGCCUCGCGCAUUCUCACGCUUUCAGCUCCGCCUCCCUGUCCUUGCAUACUCCUCCUCCCCCCGCAUUCAAGGUCUUCCACAACUAAAUAGCAUCCUCCCUGACACCCCGCCAUCCAUCCUCCCUCCCUCUCUCUGCUCUACCGCGUCCCUCCAGGCAUCAUGUCCACCCCUGUCCCCCCUUCCCCGCUCACACUGGCCUCCCCAACAUCAGCAGUCUCCCCCUUGCCCUCGCCCCUCUCCCCUCCACCCAGGGUGCCCGUCUUCCAAAGAAAGGGUGCGCUCAAACACAAGAGGAUCGUGGAGGUGAAGGACCACCAGUUCACGGCCCGUUUCUUCAAGCAGCCCACCUUCUGCAGCCACUGCACCGACUUCAUCUGGGGCAUCGGGAAGCAGGGAUUCCAAUGUCAAGUUUGCAGUUUUGUGGUCCACAAAAGAUGUCACGAGUUCGUGACCUUCACCUGUCCCGGCUCAGUGGCGGCCCCCAGACCGGAUGACCUGAGGAGUCGACACUCGUUCAAGAUCCACACGUACGCUAGCCCCACCUUCUGCGACCAUUGCGGAUCGCUUCUCUACGGCCUCAUCCAUCAGGGCAUGAAAUGUGCCAGUUGUGACAUGAACGUCCAUCGACGGUGUGAGACCAGCGUUCCCAGUCUUUGCGGCCAGGACCACACGGAGAAACGAGGCCGCAUCCACCUGACCGUCCGAGGCGAGAUGGAAGACGUCUUUGUCACGGUGCUGGAGGCUCGGAACCUGAUGCCCAUGGAUCCAAACGGCCUGUCCGACCCGUACGUUAAACUUAAAUUGAUUCCCGACCCCAAGAGUCACAGCAAGCAGAAGACCAAGACCAUCCGCUCCACGCUCAAUCCCGUCUGGAAUGAGAGUUUUACUUUUUCAGUGCGAGGCCACCAGUGGGACAGGCGUCUCUCGGUGGAGGUGUGGGACUGGGACCGCACGUCCCGCAAUGACUUCAUGGGGGCGCUGUCCUUUGGCGUGAGCGAGAUCUUCCGGCGUCCCAUCAGCGGCUGGUUCAAACUGUUGGCCCAAGAUGAGGGAGAGUACUACAACAUCCCCGUGCCGGACCCGGACCUGCAGGAGCCUCUUCCAGACACCCCGACGCCUUUGCUGCCUCAGAUGGGAUCCGGCCUGCUGUGUGAACCCCUCCCUGUGGCCUUGCCCCUGACCCCCCUACCCUCAUCGUGUCCACCUGCCCACACCCAGGGGUCGGGCAAAGGCAGGGUUGGCAUCCAUGACUUCAACUUCCUUAUGGUGCUCGGAAAAGGCAGUUUCGGCAAGGUGCUGCUGGCCGAGGAGCGAGGCAGCGAACGCCUCUUUGCUGUCAAGGUCCUCAAGAAGGACGUUCUCUUCCAGGACGAGGACACGGAGAGCGCCCUGGUGGAGAGGAGGGUUCUUGCGCUCCCGUCCCGCCCUCACUUCCUCACAUCGCUCUACUGCGCCUUCCAGACCGAGGACCGCCUGUACUACGUGAUGGAGUACGUCAAUGGAGGAGACCUGAUGUUUCACAUUCAGAUCAUUGGAAAGUUCAAAGAGCCUCAUGCCGCGUUUUAUGCAGCAGAGAUAGCGGUGGGCCUCUUCUUCCUGCACAGCAAAGGGAUCAUCUACAGGGAUCUAAAGCUGGACAACGUGCUGCUGGACAGCCAGGGCCACAUUAAGAUAGCCGACUUUGGGAUGUGCAGGGAGGGAAUGUUUGAGGGCGACACCACGCACACCUUUUGUGGAACCCCGGACUACAUUGCCCCCGAGAUUGUUGCGUAUCAGCCGUACAACAAAGCAGUGGACUGGUGGUCUUACGGAGUACUGCUGUAUGAAAUGCUAGCCGGACAGCCGCCGUUUGAUGGCAUCGAUGAGGAGGAGCUGUUCCAGUCCAUCAUGGAGCAAAGUGUCUCCUACCCCAAGAGUCUCUCCCGUGAAGCUGUCGCCAUCUGCAAAGGGCUCCUGACCAAGCACCCCGCCAAGCGCCUGGGCGGAGGAGAGGAUGCCGAACGAGAGAUCAGGGAGCAUCCCUUCUUCCGCUGGAUAGACUGGGACCGCCUGGAGAGGCUGGAGAUCCCACCGCCAUUCAUCCCCAGAGCUGGCGGAAGAAAAGGAGAAAACUUCGACAAGUUCUUCACGGCGGCUCCGUCGGCGCUCACCCCGUCGGACCCGGACGUGCUGGCCGCCGUCAACCAGGAGGACUUCCAGGGAUUCUCCUUCUUUAAUCCGGAGUGCGCCCCCUCCCCCCCUCACUGCAGUCUAGGAGACCUUAGAAGAUGUUCUACUAGCAUGUACUUGCAUGCGUAGUCUACUGAUUUCAGGUCAGACCCACCAGGACUCCAUCCAUGUUGGUUUCCGUUCUUGUGUGCUAAACAUCUACCAUAGUUAGCAUAGUUAGCAUAGUUAGCAUAGCCAUGCUGUCAUGACCUUGGGUGACCUGGGUGAAGUACUUUAUACAUAUUACCGUUCUUUCAUCAUAAUCAUAAAAAUCAUAAAUGAUAAUUAUUAUUAUUUUGUGUAGACAUCGGGGGCAACGGUUCUGGAAUGGCAGACCGGUGUACGCCGGUCCCCCUUUUUAAGAACGGGGUGUGUUCCAACUACGGUGGGAUCUCCGUCCUCAGCCUUCCUGAUAAGUUCUACUCAGGUUUCGGGUUCUGAAGAGGAGGAUCCACUGGAUAGUUGAAUCUGGGAUUCAGGAGAACCAGUCCUGAUCGAGGAACUGUGGGACCAGCAGGACUCGGCAGGACUUGGCAGGGCCCAAACAGUCUAAUGUUUGUUUUGUGGACUUGGAGUAGGAAUUCCGAUGCGGAAUUCUGUACUCUGAGACUACGGGGUACCAGACCCAGGUGACCUGUCCUGUAAGACCGGUUUCAGAGCUUGGUUCUACUCAGGUUUCGGGUUCUGUAGAGGAGGAUCCACUGGAUAGUUGAAUCUGGGAUUCAGGAGAACCAGUCCUGAUCGAGGAACUGUGGGACCAGCAGGACUCGGCAGGACUUGGCAGGGCCCAAACAGUCUAAUGUUUGUUUUGUGGACUUGGAGUAGGAAUUCCGAUGCGGAAUUCUGUACUCUGAGACUACGGGGUACCAGACCCAGGUGACCUGUCCUGUAAGACCGGUUUCAGAGCUUGGUUCACAUGAGUCGAACUGGUUUCCAGUUAGGGUUCCACUGACCUUUUGGUUCUGUUCAUUACUUUUACGGACUUAAUUUCUCGGAGCGGUCAGGGUGUUGAGGGGUUCCGGUUUGGUGGUCUGCUUUUCGAAGAUGACAUGGUCCUGCUGGAUUCAUCCAGACCCGACCUUCAACUCUUAUUUAUGUCUUAUGUGUCUUAUUUUCUCUUAAUACAUCGACUAUAUUGGUUAAUAUGAGUGUAAAGAUGACUAUAGGGGUGUUAUUUUAUAUUUGGAGGGCUCUAAUCAUGUUAAAAGGGGUAUUUAGAAGGUUCUAAUCAGGUUUUUUUUUGAUCUAACUACCAAAAUAUGAAACAGUUCAGUGUCCGUGUGUCCGAGUCCAUGGUUGUCAGUGCCGUCUCCGGUUCUGGGAUGAGAUCCUGCCCCAAGAGGAGGACUUGAAGUACUCUUCAGGAGCGAAGGAAGUAGUUUACGGAGUAUUUUAGGCUCCUAACUAAUGACUUGAAUGAAUGUGAGUGAAACCGUCCUCUUCCACCGGGAUCAAUCGACCAAAUCCAAAAUGGGAGUCGUCAUCACGGCAGCGGUGACCUCACACGACCCAAUCGGAUGCUCCGUACAGACAGCUGGCUUUAAGCUCCACCCCCCUAGAUGUGUACAUGUGUGUGUGUGUGUGAUGAUGUCCUGACAUGCGGCAUUGAUCGCUCGUAAUUAAAAAGCGGACCGCUGUUCAAUACACUCGGCAAACACUGUCAUGGCGUCAUAUCCGGAAGCCCACCAGGGGGGCGUCUUUUAAUCCUUGCACACCCCCCCCCCCCCACCCCCCACACCCGCUUUUCUUCUUCUUCUUCUUUGGUUUUCAGCCAUUUCACGCCACACUUCAUCAGAGUGGCAGAUCCACCUCCUUAAGGAGUAUACUGUAGUACAUACGUAGUAUUCCAACUAGCCCGGUAGUACUGCAUAGUAGCUAGUACCUUGGUGUUUGAAAUGUGAUGGGAAGUGGAUCAAUAAAGCGGCUAAGAAACAACCUCUCACCUUCUCUUUUUACUGCACA